AUGGGGCAGUAUGAUUUACCAGCUUCACUUAAAUUUGUGUACCAACAGACUGGCCAGAAGGUUCAUUACGUCGGCCACUCCUUAGGAACGACGAUGUUUUUCUCGGCCUUCACGGACUGGAAAGUAGAUGAGUUGGUGAAAUCAGCAACACUUCUAAGCCCUAUCGCUUUUUUGAAACACAUGACUACUCUGGUUGGUAAUAUUGCAGCCCAUGCCUACCUCGGUGAGAUUGUUGGGACAUUUGGGAUACCAUUUCUAGAUCUGAAAAUAGAACCACUAAGCCCCAUUGAGUUCGCCUUCUGUAAUGUACCGGGGGUAGAUUGCUGGACUCUUUCAGCAAUAUUUACAGGUCCUAAUUGCUGUAUGAAUGCCUCAACUGUAAAUCUUUUCUUGCAUAGCAAUCCGCAAGCUACUUCAAUCAAAAACCUUGUGCAUCUGUCCCAAAAUAUCAGAACCGGAGUAUUUUCAAAAUAUGAUUACGGAAAUCCGGCCUCUAAUCUGGAACAUUAUGGAGUUCCCGAAGCACCUGUCUAUGAUUUAGAAAUAAGUAUACCAAAGCAUUUUCCAUUGUUGCUUUGCUAUGGAGGUAAAGAUGCGCUUAGCGAUCCAAAAGAUGUAUAUAGAAUUCUUUCGGAUUUGAGAUCUCAUACAAAUAUACACGAAAUAUACAUAGAUCAUUAUGCUCAUUUAGAUUUCAUCAAUGGAAUUACUGCUAAAGACAUCCUGUUUCCUGAUGUUGUCAAUUUUAUGAAGGAAUACAACUAG